AUGCUGGCCUUUAGUGACAGUAAGACCGGCUUGACUGGCAUUGAUAAGGAACAUGUUCAGAAAAUAAUCAAUGAAAAUACCAGCCCAGAUUUUGAGGGACAUGCGAAAAAAAAGAAAGAGAGAAUUGAUGCGAGAAUAAAACGUUAUAAUAACAUUAUGACUAAAUUUACUCCACAUCAGAUUCUCCAGGCUCAAGCUGAAAUGGAUGUUUUGGUGGGCAUAUUGGAAAAAGAACGUGAUCUUUCCCGUUAUGCUGUUCACAUUGAUAUGGAUGCAUUUUAUGCAGCUAUUGAAAUGAGAGAUGAUCCUUCGCUGCGCAAUAUUCCAAUGGCUGUUGGUUCAUAUUCAAUGCUUAGUACAUCAAAUUAUGCAGCUCGUCGUUUUGGUGUCCGUUCUGCUAUGCCUGGGUUCAUUGCAAAGAAAUUAUGUCCCCAACUGAAAAUCGUUCGUUGUUGUUUUGACAAAUAUCGAGAAGCAAGUUCAGUGAUUAGAAAAAUAUUUAGAGACUAUGAUCCUGAUUUUUAUGCAGAUGGCUUGGAUGAAGCAUACAUAGAUUUAACCGCCUACGUCCAAAAUCGAUUUCGCACUGGCUCAGCCGAACACGAACGAAUUCGAUAUAUGGGUGAGUGCAUUUGCCGACUACCUUUAAUUGAGGAAAAUGAGAUAUGCCACUUGGACAAUGCUGAAAUUACUGAAGAGAUGUGCACAAAAUGUAAAAAACCAAGCAAAUGUGUACGAGAUCGCAUCACUUUCGGGGUAGAUGUUGAUGAAGUUGUCCGUGAAAUGCGAUUCAGAGUAGAGCAAGCAGUGGGUGUAACUUGCAGUGCAGGAAUAGCGCCAAAUUCCCUAUUAGCCAAGGUAUGUUCCAAUAUCAAUAAACCGAAUGGGCAGUAUCAUCUGCUGAAUGAAAAAGAAGCUGUUUUGACUUUCUUGAAGGAUCUUCCGAUACGUAAGAUAAGCGGAAUUGGACCUGUAACGGAAGCAGUUUUGAAUGGAAUAGGUUUGGAAAAAUGUGGUGAUUUAUAUGAUCGACGUGGAAUAAUUAGUUUGCUUUUUACACAACUCAAUUACGAAUAUUUUUUGCGAAUUGCUCUUGGUAUAUCUCAUGUGUUCAGUGUUGAUCGAAAAACAAGACGGAAAAGUAUCAGUACAGAAAGAACAUUCCAUCCUACUGGAGACCUUGGAGUACUUCUUGAGACGUUGGAGAGUCUCUGCAAUGAACUUAUUGACUCUUUACCCGACCACAGAAUUCGAGGAGGACGCACAGUUACUGUAAAGAUGAAAUUCUCAACGUUUGAUGUAAUUACAAGAUGCUGCAGCGUGGACUACAUGAUUUCUGAUGUAGAUCAUUUGUUUACUUUAUGUUCAAAGUUUGUACGUCGAGAAAUGCAUGAUGGCGAUGCUAAUAACAAAUAUUUGCGACUGCUUGGUGUACGAUUAGCUCGUCUAGUCUUCGAAAACGAGAAGGAUGAGUCAUCAACCCCGUUGUGUUCAUUCUGGAAUCGAAGAGAAAUGGAAUCGGCAACAGUCGAACAUAUCAGUGAUGCGUCAAAUGAUGGCCCUUUACUCUCAACUUUAAAAUGCGAUGGCAAUUUCGACAGUACUGAUGGAUUAGCUGGUGCCUCCAUAGAAGCGAUUCAUUUGGAUGAAUCACAGCCUUGCCCAAUUUGCAAAGUCGCAUUGCCGAGAGAGCUCAGUUUGGUGAAUCGACAUAUUGACGAGUGUUUAAAUAGACAGGCGAUAAGUGAACUGAAGGUUGCUCAAAAUAUCAACAAAGCGACAAUUAAACGUGGAAGUCCGAAAGAUAAGAUACCAAAGAAAAGGCUGGCGAAGAGAAAAGUACCAAAUAAGAUAUCUAAGAAUUCAUUAGAAAAUUAUUUCAUCAGAAGGCCGAUGAACAUGUGA